AUGGCUGAAGCUAGAGAUGAUUCGCUUCAAGCAGUUAGUGUUCAGUUGGAUGGUAAGAAUUAUGCAUAUUGGAGCUACGUGAUAAAAAAUUUCUUGAAAGGGAAACAAAAGUGGGGAUAUAUUUCGGGUGCUUAUAUUAAGCCUCAAGAUGAUGUGGCAUUAUUGGAUAAAUGGGAAGUUGAUAAUUCAAAAAUUAUUACUUGGAUCAAUAAUUCUGUUAAGCAUUCGAUAGGCACCCAAUUAGCAAAAUAUGAGACGGCUAAGGAGGUUUGGGAUCACCUAGCUAGACUGUAUACACAGUCUAAUUUUGUAAAGCAAUACCAGUUGGAGUCUGACAUUCGUGCUCUUCAGCAGAAAAGUAUAAGUAUUCAGGAAUUCUACGAUGCUAUGACAGAUUUGUGGGAUCAGUUGGCUCUCACAGAACCUGCUGAAUUACGAGCCUUUGGGCCCUAUAUUGUACGAAGAGAGGAGAAGAGAUUGGUACAGUUUUUAAUGGCCCUUCGUGAUGAGUUUGAGGGACUUCGUGGGUCUAUUCUGCAUCGUCAUCCACUGCCUUCUGUUGAUUCUGUUGUUAGUGAACUUUUGGCUGAAGAAAUUCGUUUGAAGUCCUCGAUUGUAAAAGAGGUUUCUCCAGCUUCUACUCCAUUUGUUUUUGCCAUGCCUCCUCGAUCAAACUCUAAAUCUCAGUUCAGGCCAUAUGGAUCUGUUGCUCGUGAUGAAUGCGGGUUUUGCAAGCAAAAAAGUCAUUGGAAAUCUCAGUGUCCGAAAUUGGGCAGAGGAAAACAACAACAGUUUCAUCAACAAUAG